GUGACGUUUUAUUUAAUAAACCAGCUGACGCGUUCACACAUUGUUGUCCAGCGAGAUCAAUCAGAAAACUAUCCAAAAAUCAAAGGGCGGUGGAUAAACGGCAUGAAGCCACAGCUGUUAGGGGGGCAGGGGCCCGCGCUGGCGCCCUUGCUGCAUGGAUCUGACGCCAUGCGAUCAAUCCAGGAGGAGCUGGUUGCUGCGAUACACGGAGCUCUGGAAGCGGCUGUGGAGAUCGCUGUCAGAGAGGUGAGGACGCUUGUUGGUCAGGCGACACUCGGUAUGCAUGAAGAGCUGCGGAGGGAGAACGAGUCUCUGAAGGAGAAGCUGCAGCGAGCAGAGCAGCUGCUGCACUGUGUCACAAUGGAGGAAGAUGAUGGUAGCGACAGACAAAGAGACGGAGCGCCCCACCCUGCUUCCUGCGGUCCAAACACUGUUACACCAGAGGUCAGAGGUCAGCCUGCAGGGGGUCAUAGCUGCUUUGGUCUGGAUCACCGAGAUGUGAGCAGACCAUCUGAUCGCGAUAGGAAACAGCCUGACACCGAUGGACAAAAGACUCAUAAAGAUGUGUUGAAAAUAGAAGGUGUGACCACACCAUGUCGAAACCUACAAGCUCCAGAGUCAGAAGCACCUCUUAGAACUUCCCUCAAUACUACACUGGAGCAAGUUACCAUAAAGCAGGAAGAAGCGGAAGAGGAAAGGAGACCUAUCUGUUUGGACGUAGUCAAAGACGAAAGUUUAGUUUCAGACAGCAUUAAUUGGCCGUCGGAAGGGACAGAUACCCGGUGUCAAGACCCAAAGGCUCAAGUUCUUGAUGAAAGGGUGAAUCAAGCUCGUCCUCCAAACAUAAGUAGCAGCCUCACAUCAAACUCGGAUCUUCAAUUAAUCUCUCCAGAGUUUUCAAACAUCUUCCAUCUGGAACCAGCUUCCGUAUCACAGGCUCUUCCACAAGUCCAAGAAUCCCAUAUCAAGACAGGCCGCAGCAGCACCACCAUCCCCACGUGUAAGCUCUGUGGUCAGACCUUUCCCCUGCCCAGCUUGUUGCGGCGACACUUUGGUCAGUGCAGCCUGAGGCUCCAACAGCGUGGUCAGCCUCCCCAGGGAGGAGGCACAAAGACCCAGCUGCAGCUUCACCCCCCAGGCUGGAGCCCCUUCCGCUGCACCGUGUGCAGCCGAGACUUCAACCGCUUGGAGAACCUGAAGACUCAUUUGCGCAUCCACACUGGCGAGAGGCCUUACACCUGCUCUGUGUGCCUCAAGUGUUUCCGUCACUCAGGAGCGCUGACUCGGCAUUUCCGCAUCCACACAGGAGAGAAGCCGUACGUCUGCGGUCAGUGUGGGAAGUCCUUCAGGAACUGUGGUGGGCUCAAAUUCCACCAGCGCACUCACAGCAAAGACCUACAGUAGAUUAAAGAAAGUCAAGUUCUUUAAGUGCUGACAGCUUUUAAAACACAAAUUUAUAUUCUUCAUUUGAAGUUUAUAAAAUACCAACACAAGGCUUUUAAAUACAGAAGUGUUUGGUUUUCUAAAAAUAUAUUGCUCAGGGAAUGUCUGCUGGACAGGAUUCAAGACAGCAGAGUUGCUCAUGAUUGAUUUUGAGCAGAAUUUACCCAUAAAACAAAUUUGUUUUAAUCUAUGAAAGCCAAGCUAAUAUCCAACGAUCAAUUAGCUAGUUACAUUUUUAAAAGUUUGUAAUUAUUCAAAAUAAAAGUUUCUUUUUUUGAAAUAAAAAUAUUUUA